UACAACUCUUAAAGCAAAGCUGCGGAAAUAACAAAGGUCAUAACAUAAAGUGGCUCUCUGUGGCUAAGGAACAAAUAUUGUCAACUAAUGUUUAAUGUUUAAUUGUACACAGGAUACAUUACUAACAGGUGUAUACAGGUAUUGAAACAUGUUUUUACUAUUUUCACUCCCUUUUCCUAAAUGCUUGAUUCGUCCUACAAUUUCUUUUACUGAAAACACAAUUAGCCUACUGAUAUAGCUACAGAUAAUCUCUGACACUAUGAAUAUCUUGCAAACAGUCACGCAGGGCACUCAGUAAGGUGGCUAUAGGUUAAAGACGAUAGCUUAAUUAACUCAUAGUUACCAUAAAUAUCAAUAACACUUUGAGUUAGCAUAACAAUGAUUAAAGUGUAGAAUACGCAGUGAAAAAACAUCCAGUUCAGGUCCACAUUGAUCGUUGAAAGUCUCACCCUCAUGUGCAGGUAUAUUCAGCUGAAUUUUGGAUGAGUUUUAGACUGGAGAUUGAGGCUUGUGUCUCUGAGGACGAACUGUUUAGACGUCGGCACACACCGUGCUGGAGAAACGGCAUCGCUUCAUGUACAUCCAAGCAUUGGACUAAAUAGCCUAUAAACAUUUCUUAAAUAACCUUCGAGGAAAUGAUACGUUACAUGUGCAUAACCCAAAGCUUACAGUUCUGAUGAUGAUGUUUACCCAGAAGAGGAUGGACUGGAGCUGUUUGAAGAUCUGGGACUAAAUAUGAAGUGACAGGAGAAGUGUCUUAUUGUGGGACUCCAGCCGACUGGCGCCAGGCGCUCCUUCACAGAUGUGGAGCCUCUUAAUCAAGGAUCUGCACCCGGACUUCUUAAAGUUGUACGUCUGGGUAUUUAGAUAUUGGCCACGUUAAACGUCUACAAAACGAAAUAUGUUCAGUUUGAAAGGUGCAACUUUUUCUCCUCGGAAUAACGCGGACGUGUCCAGCAUCUCCGUGGCGCUGCGAUUCUUACAGUCAACGGUGAUCCUCGGACUCUUCCCGCUUAUCAUACCCCUCCAGAACUUGACACCGGCUAGCCAUAUGUUUUGAGUAGUCUGUUUAUUUCCUAUAAGUUAACUUCUGUAACCAAUUGUUCAAUUGCCACCUCUGGCUAUAGGUUAAGUCAUUGCUCGAAGCAUUGCCGUCUCAGCUUCAUGUUUACUCCGUGGACUGCAUGUUUGUCUUUGUGCUGCCGUAGAAGAUUUACAUGAUUUUAUCGAUAAUUUCAAGCAUUCUAACUAGUGCAAUCAAUUUUAAGUCAAUCGUUGCAUUCAAUUGUCAGUUGAUUAAGGGGUUAAAUGUAGGCUGCGUAGGCUAUUGUGUAUCCUACAUGAGGAAUCGCAUAGAUUAAUUUUAGCUAAACUAAAGGAAUUACAAACUUUCACCGACACAAUCUACUUUUUCAUGACGUAUUAAUAUUUUUACUGAGAGACAAGGAAAAUGCUAUAGGCCUUCACCGUUCUGAAACGAUUAAUGUGUUUUGAUAAUGCAAAAAACAUUGAAAGCUAUAAUUCAUACCUAAUAUGUGAAAAACAUUUGUUUUUAACUAAUUGCAACGAAUUAAAGUUAAACGUUGCGUGGUGUUUAAAGUAGGUUUCAUGAGUGAACUGACAGUCCAUUGUCCGGUAAACCAACAAACAGAGAAAUGUGAGCAAACCUUUCUGGCUCACUCCUCGCUAGGCACCCGGGACAGCCAGUCCAAAAGCUGCUCUCGGUGGAAGGGGGUGGGAUUUCAAGAUCUUUACUCUGUCAUUGGUUAAUUUUUUAUUCUGUUGACAUGUUUUCUUGCUGCUAAUGCUUCCGACACCUCCAGCCCCCUUACCGAUCUUGGUCGGAGCUGUCAAAACCACGCCUAUAGAGCUCUACAAUUGGUCCGGAAAGCGUAAAAUCGUCAAUCAAGGGGGCUUGGUUCAUUAGUGUAUGGAGCCGGGGAGGAGGGACAUGUUAGGCAGUCACAGUUCCACGGUGAUCAGGACGGGACGUCUAUGUACUGGUGCAGUUUUUGAGUUGGAACACUGAUUAUAUUUACAUGAAACUAUGUUGGUGUGGGUAUAGGGAGUCCAGCCUUGCUGUCGAAGUGUGGCUUCCGUCUCUGACGGAUAUCAUAACGGUGCAGCGUGGGGACAUCAGAAGUGGCAUUCCCUUCCUUGCACUGGUGGAAGCGUCUGGGACGCUUUGGCUCUUUGCAACGCGCAGACCAACAAUUUCAACUCUUUAGUUCUAAUUCUGAUUGGAAGUCUGGAUACAAACCGAUACAUCUGCUGUGGGCCCUAGCGUGUAAUAAUUUCAUAUUGAUUUUUGGAUGCACCGAUGAGAGAUCCAGUUUACACAGGGACUGCCAUGGCGUAUCACCCUUUCCACGCUCACCGGCCGGCCGACUUUCCAAUGUCAGCCUUUCUCGCAGCCGCCCAGCCGUCAUUUUUCCCUGCCCUGGCGCUGCCUCCCGGCGCGCUCACCAAGCCACUCUCGGACCAUGGUCUCAGUGGAGCUGCGGAGGCAGGGCUGCACGCGGCGCUGGGGCAUCACCACCAGUCGGCUCAUCUCCGCUCCCUGAAGAGUAUGGAGCCUGAGGAAGAGGUGGAGGAUGACCCAAAAGUCACUCUCGAGGCCAAGGAUUUAUGGGACCAAUUUCACAAAAUAGGAACCGAAAUGGUUAUUACAAAAUCAGGAAGGAGGAUGUUCCCGCCAUUCAAAGUACGUGUGAAUGGGCUCGAUAAGAAAGCCAAGUAUAUUCUUCUAAUGGAUAUAGUGGCCGCAGACGACUGCCGAUACAAGUUCCAUAACUCGCGUUGGAUGGUAGCUGGAAAAGCCGACCCAGAGAUGCCGAAGCGAAUGUACAUCCACCCAGACAGCCCUGCCACCGGGGAGCAGUGGAUGGCCAAGCCCGUUGCUUUCCAUAAACUCAAGUUGACGAAUAAUAUAUCAGACAAACAUGGAUUUACUAUAUUGAAUUCGAUGCACAAAUACCAGCCUCGGUUUCACAUAGUGAGAGCCAACGACAUCCUCAAGCUACCGUACAGUACUUUCCGAACAUACGUUUUCCCAGAGACCGAUUUCAUCGCAGUCACUGCUUAUCAAAACGACAAGAUAACUCAACUAAAAAUCGAUAACAAUCCAUUUGCCAAAGGAUUCAGAGACACAGGAAAUGGAAGAAGAGAAAAGAGUCCGGUCUGCAGGAAGCAGUUAACACUUCCAUCGCUACGAAUGUAUGAAGACCAGAGCAAAGCGGACGGCGACUGCGCCGACUCAGAUGACUCUUCCUGUGAACAAACUGGAAGGGAAUCCAUCCACUCUCCCCUCGGACCCGGGAGCAGUCCACAAGGGUUCAACCAACCUAGUCGAGAUGAGAAGACUACCGACAGUGACCAGGAGAUCGACCCACAAGAGGAGCGCUCUACUGGAGCCAGCAGCCCCCCAGCUGAGCGCUCCUCCCCUGCCAGCCCCAGAGGCAGGAGGAUGGAGGGUCAUGAUGCAAGGAAAGAGAGUGACUCUGUGUUUAGUAUUCGAAAUCUUGAAAAGGACAAGUUGGACAGUAAACAUCGCAAAGAGCAGGAAUUUACCAAGAAGGACACGGAUGCUGGCUUAGGUGGGGUUAAGGAGGGCUUUUCUCCUUUAAUGGUUCAAACGGACAGCCCAUCACAUUUCAGCGCCAGUCACCUGCAAAGCCUUGCCCUGUCUGGCUUGCACAAUCAGCAGUUUUUCAACCCACUUAAUACCGGCCAACCGCUGUUCUUCCACCCCGGGCAGUUUGCAAUGGCUCCUGGAGCAUUCUCCACCAUGGGUAUGGGGCAUCUGCUUGCCUCUGUGUCCGGGGCCAGUGGCCUGGAGAACGGCCUGUCCUCUCAAGGCUCUCCUAAUCAUUUCCCAUUUCACUUGUCGCCGCAUAUGUUGGCCUCUCAGGGAAUUUCGAUGCCCCCUUUUGGAGGACUGUUCCCAUACCCCUACACCUACAUGGCAGCAGCAGCAGCUGCAGCCUCAGGUUUCCCUGCCUGCUCUGCCUCCACACUGGGGAGGAGUGCCUUCCUUAGCUCUCGCCCUCGGCUCCGCUUCAACCCUUACCACAUCCCCACGUCUCUGCACCCCGGCUCCAACCUGCUCUCCACUGGCCUGCCGGGGGGCGUCCCUGCAGGGGCCGAGGUGUCCAAGUCCAGCAGCCCAGAGACCAGCCCGGUAUUGGAGCACCGUGGCAUCAAAGCUGCUUCCAACCAGAGGACGACAUCGCCCAAAACAUCUGUGAAGGAUUCCAUCAACGAGCUGCAGAACAUCCAGAGGCUUGUGAGAGGACUUGAAAAAACACAAACCGUGUUAGACGCUAACCCUACAAUAGAUUCCCCAAAGUGACAAAAAAACUAUAUUCAAACUGUGACAUGGCUGCAGCAUAUUCACCAGUUACCGACGGGAACACGGUGCUGGUAACUUCUGUGAGCUUACAAAGACCACAUGACAUCUUGGAAUGUUGAGCCAAGAAGACACUGUGGUUAUGGGACUUAUCUGUAGCCUACUUAGAAAGAGUUAAAUCCACAAUAUAGAACAUUUAAUCAGAUUUCUAAAAGGGAUUGAAAGAACCCUAACUCUGGUUGGACUCCUAAUCUGUUCUCCUUGGAUUGAAGUUGUUGGUCUAAUUGAAUUAUUUAUGUUACAAUGAAAAGUAAUUUUGUAUAUAGGGCCUAUACUGUAAACGAAUUGAAUGAGAAUAGAAUACGUAAUUAGUUAUUUAUUUAAACAUGUACAUUGGUGUGUAUAUAUUACUUAGAUUUUUUGCAUUUUAAUUUCCAUUUUACAUGGAAAUAUUGUACAUGGAUACCAUUUAGAGCUUUUUGAAAAGUUUGUUUCAAAAGUUUGUGACGCUUCACUGUUUAUCCUGCCAGUGAGAUAUGAAGGAAUGCGUGCCACAGCAGAGCACCGUGUAUUUGGCAGAGAAAACUCAGGUUUAUUUUUCACCAGCACUAAAUACUAUAGCCUACCUCGUUAGUGGAAACGAAUUGGCAUCUUUUGUGCUGGUUUAUUCGGGUAAAUUAAUAUGCUUUUGUUGUGAUUAUCACACUUUCAAUAAAAAAGAAUGUGUCGAUCAGA